AUGGAUGAGCAAGCACCGAAAACACCGGCCCGUCGCCUGCGAGAGCUUCUGAGCAAAGAAGAUCACAUUCUCGUAUGCCCUGGUGUAUAUGACGGCCUAACGGCGCGUAUAGCGCUCAACGAAGGCUUUGAAUGUCUAUAUAUGACCGGCGCCGGCACGGCAGCGUCUCGACUGGGCAUGCCGGACCUUGGCUUGAUCACGAUGAAUGACAUCUCAGAGAACGCAGCCAUGAUUGCGUCGUUGAACCGCACCGUGCCGCUGAUUGCAGAUGCGGACACGGGAUACGGAGGUCCUGUAAUGGUGGCGCGAACGGUGAAGGCUUACAUCCGUGGCGGCGUUGCAGGGCUACAUCUGGAGGACCAGGUCCUAUCGAAGCGGUGCGGACACCUCCUUGGAAAGGAGAUCGUGGACGAAGACGUGUUUCUGGCCCGGAUCAGGGCUGCCGUCAUGGCCAGAGACGAGAUGAAGGCCACCAUGGGCGAGGCGGGCGACAUUGUCAUCAUCGCGAGGACGGACGCGCUGCAGUCCAAUGGCUUCGACGACGCACUGCACAGACUGCAGCAGGCCGUUAAAUGCGGCGCCGACGUCGCGUUCCUGGAAGGUCUCACGAGCGUUGAGCAGUGCCGCGCUGUCUGCGAGAGACUGGCUCCCACGCCCGUGCUCCUGAACAUGGUCUCCGGUGGCGUGACGCCAAACAUGACGGCGAUGGAAGCAAAGGUGGCUGGCUUUAAGAUCAUUAUAUUUCCCGGGCUGAUGUUGGGUGCGGCGUUUGCGGGCUGUGCCGCUGCGGCGAAGCAGCUGAAGCACACGGGUGCGGUCCCGCUGGCGGAAGGCCAGCGAGAUGGAGGAGGGCCCAAGGCGUUGUUCACGGCCGUGGGACUGGUGGAGUGCAUGGAGUUCGACAAAAAGGCGGGUGGGCACGCGUACGCAAAUGGUGUUUGA